GACAGUGAGCGAACACUCCGUGGGCUCACACUCCGUGGGCUCGGCGAUCUCGUCACCCAGUGGGUCUUCAAUACCCAGGAACACCAUGCAUGCAGAGUUCCACAAAGUGCAGCAGAAAAAGUCCUCCAACACAGACCUUCAGGAGCUCAACGGCUUCCAGCUGACGAUCGCACGGAUGCUGGAUCGCAACUCCGUUGUUAAUUGCAUGGUUUUCGUGAUUUUUUUGGAUUUUAUUUGCACUUUGGUGGACGUGGAUGCCAAAGCAGUGGGAAGGGAGCUGCCGCUCUGGACCCUGGUGGUAGCUGAAAUUUGUUUGGCCCUUUACACUAUCGAGUUGGCUGCUGUAUUGUAUGUGCAUGGCAUUCGGAGGGCAUGCAGCAACAAGUCGAUCCUCUUCGACCUGUUUUGCGUGAUAUCUGGAUAUGUGGCGACCUUCAUUCGCUUGUUCGGCGCGAGUUUACCCAACGAAGCCAAAUUCCUGGCGGAUCUGAAGGUCAUGCGCGUGGUUCGUAUCCUGCGGGUGGCACGCGUGAUCCGGAAAACCCGUGGUUUGCGAGAGCUCCAGAAGUUGAUGAAGAUGAUGACGACCUGUUUGAAAGCCCUUGGGUGGUCGUUCAUAUUCUGUUUCGCCUUCAUGACGUUAUGGGCCAUGCUUAUGGUCGAGUUUGUCCACCCCUUGAUGGAGCAGAUGUUUCGCGAUGGUCGCGCUUUUCAAGACUGCCAAGAGUGCGCUGAGCAGGCGUCCUCAGUGAUGAGGGCGAAUCUCUUACUUUUCAAAACGGUUAUCGCAGGAGAUAGCUGGGGGCGGAUUGCAGUACCCAUGAUUGAGCUGUACCCGGCCACGGCCAUCAUAUUUGUAGUUGUGGACUCCUUUGCGGAGAGCCGGCAGAAAGAUUUGUUGCAAUUGGCAGAAGAACUGGAGCACGAAAAUGAACAGGACAAGAAGCAUCUCGAAGAGAUGUUCAAUCGCUUGGAUUCCAAAGCCAAUGGAGAUCUAACGCUGGAACAACUGGUGGAUGGUGCCAAAACGGAUCCGGAUUUUCAGAGCAGGUUGAGAGUCAUGGACAUUGAUGAGGCCGACCUGGAACAACUCUUUCACAUGAUUGAUGCAGACAUGAGUGGCGCCAUCAACAAGGAGGAGUUUGUAGGGCCCUUGAGCCGUUGGAUCGUAGAUUCCAAGACAGCGCCCCGCUUCGUGAAGUACAACGUGGAGCGUGUGCUACAUCAGCAGGCUGAGCUGUUGAAGCAGAACCAGCUGCAAUUUAACCUCCUGGGUUCUCGCUUGGAUGAGCUUUGUGAACAGUUGCUCCCUUUCCAAGGUGAGGUGCUGGGGAUAGCGAAUGUAGCGCGCCCGGCCCUCACGGACGUCGCGUACGAGCCGAGCUCCAGUGAACUUGACGUCGAACAACCGAAGGAGUCCAGCAGUGAUGCUUCCCUGCUGGUCUCACCCCGCAGCUCCCAUGGCAAGCUCGUGCGUCCACCUGACCCGGCUUCGCUUGGUGGUGAGCAUCGACGAAGCAACAUAAGCAAUGGCGGCGGGACAACCUUGGACCGGACCAAAGCCAUUUGA